GAGGAAUGAGGGGUCUGACCUCCAAACUGCAAGCUACAAAAACUGCCCUAAAACUCUGGAAUCAAACCACCUUUGGAAACAUCUUCCUCAACCUCAAAAACUUGGAGCAUGAAGCCAUUCAAGCCCAACAACUCUUUGAGACAGACACCAUAGAUUUUAACAGAACUUCUGCUCAACUAGCCAACGCAAAACUCAUCAAAGCUGUCAAUAUGGAAGUGGACUAUUGGAGACAAAAGGCCAACAUCAGGUGGCUAGAUAAGGGUGACGCAAACUCCAAACUCUUCCAAGCUUAUGCCAAGGGGAAGAGAAAGAAACUUUCUAUCAAACACAUUAUUACCUCUGGAGGAAGAGGUAUCUCAUCCCCCAAUGAAAUUAAAGAGGAGGCCAUUCAACACUUUCAGAAACUCUACACCUCCAACCACGCCCUAUCCCACAGCAUUAUCACUAGCCUGAUUCCCAAGGUUAUCACAAAGGAGGACAAUAUGAUGCUGAGUGCAAUCCCAAACACUAAUGAAGUAAAGAAGGUUGUCUGGGAGCUUAACGGGGACAGUGCAAGUGGACCAGACAGAUUCAAUGGAAAUUUCUUCAAAACCUGUUGGGAGACAAUUAAAAAAGAUGUGCUCAUUGCUUCCCAAGAGUUCUUCCUUGGCAGACCCAUCCCUUGUGCAUACGGAAGCACCUAUCUGACUCUCAUCCCCAAAACCUUGAACCCCAAGCGCUUUGAUGACUACCGUCCUAUUUCCCUCUCCACCUUCAUGAGCAAGAUUAAACUAGAAUUCUUUCCAACAAACUUAAUACCCUCCUCCACAAACUCAUCUCUCCUAAGCAGGCAGCUUUCCAGAAGGGGAGAUCCAUUGAUGAUCAUAUACUGGUGGCCCAAGAAUGUAACACCCUAAUCCGUCCAGGUCUGCAGCCCCUUCCGGGCUAAAGUAUUAACUUGGUAAUCGUAAAAAUUUAAAACUUUUCAAAUACACUUUAUUAAUCCCAAUAAUUUUUCAUAACAUAUACAGUACGGAGUAUUCAAUAAUAUUGCGGAAGCGAAUUUAAUUUUGACAUAUCAUAAAUCAUUUCAAACUUG